AUGUCUCUCUCUCCCACGCCGACUGCCUUGCCGAGCAGUGUUCUGCUCAACCCCAAAGAGGCGGCUGCGUUUUACGAGUCAAUGUGCCGUAGUGAAGGCGUUUUUAUCCAGUCAACGUUUCUCAAGCAACUGCUGCUCGGCUCCGUGAUCAUCGAGUUUGAAAAUGGCUACCUCGGGGGGAACGGGGUGGGUCCCAUCAUUCGUACGCUUCAGCGCGCACCACUCUGCGUCCUACUCCUAGAAAAGUGUGCGUUGAGUACGGAGGACAUUAAGACGGUCUGUGCCGGACUUGCACAGCACCCGCAGCUGGAGAAGAUAGAUAUCCGUGGCGUUCCGUUGACUAUUGGUGGGGCCAAGGAGUUGCUGCAUCUCGUGACGCGUAACACGCGGAUUACAGAGGUUCUGAUGGAUGAGUCGCUGCCAAAGUAUAGUGCUAUUAAGCAGCAAUGCUACCGCAACGUGCAGGGCGCGUACCGAAUUAAUAACUGCGUCAUCUGCGGAGUGGGUGUAUCGUCUAAGGCAGGAGCGUCGUGCGAAACGCUGGUCACUCGCUUGGUGCUCGAGAACUUGAAUCCCGCCGUACACUCUGUGAGCGUUGCAGGUUUGCAGGUGCUGUGUGGUGCUUUGCAGGCGUGCCUUAGUCGCAACAGCGGCGUUCUGGCUGUCUGUCCUGGUCUUUGCGCGGAGUCGCUCGCGGAGGACUUGUCUUGUUGUGUGUCCAGCGUUGCCAAGGCCCUUGUGUGGCAAAUGCCCUACGAUUUACCGAAACGCCCCUUUCUCCGCGCUUACCUCACACGGGAGCACAGCCGACUGAAGGUGGAAGCAGCGCAGAAGGUGCAGGACCAACAGUCCCAGCAAUCCAAGGAUGGCACCGCACCCUCACCAUCUCUGCUUGUUCCUGGGCCGGUGGAUGUCGCGGAGGAGGAGCGAUGGCGUACCAAACGGGCUCGCACCGAUAUCGAUGCAUUUUUCGAGGACCACAACCACCUCCACCUCCCUCGCUGCACCGUGUGCGGUUGCCCAGCUGAAUGCUCCCAGGACGGCCCUACGUGGCUGCUACGUGUGUUGCAGAAGGACAUCACGGAGCACGGCGCCGUGGUAACGCCGAUUGCGCUGGUGCGGCUUGGGCGUCUACUCGGACUCUACGCAAACCUGGAACCGUGCUCACGGCGCUGUGUGCGUCACGUGGUGCGCUACGGCUUGUACGGCUAUGGGGGCGUGAGCUGCCUCUAUUCUAGUGGCUACCCAUCACUCUCAAGCGUGUUAGGCGGCUACGCCGAGCUCCAGCGACUUCCUCUCGUCAACUUCAGCGUUGUGGAUAUCGAGCGGGAGGUUGUCGAGGAUGCUUGUGGCGGGGAGCUGAACUGCGCCUUGUCUGUAGCAAGUGCUCUGGGAGACGAGGAAGGGUUUCCCAUGGACCCGUAUUUCAUCUUUGCGAUUGGUCGGCAGCUGCGCCAACUCUCGGUGCGCACCAUUGGCAUGGACCUGGCUGGCGCCUGCGAGGCGGCACGGUUGGUCGGCUGUCUCCGUGUUAGCGAGGCUCCCUUCAAGUACGGUAGGGGGAAGGAUACCACCGAUGCACCACCGCGAGACCUUGUGGCGGACUGGGCUGCCUGGAGUAGCAGCAGCGGUGAGACCACAGCCCAAAAGUGGCUCCACCGCGCCUUUGCCCACCGGCGGCAGCACGUCUGCGUCCUGGAUGGCCCGCAUCGUGAUCUCUUCGACAACAUACGCGCCGCGCUCUGGUCACUGCGGCAGCAGGCACGCUCCAUCUUAGUAACCAUGAAGUUUGCCGUGGCGUGGCUGGCGCUGCCUAAUGGAGUCAUACCGCCUGACGUGAGGGUCCACACACACGGCUUCUACACAACGGCAAAGGUGAUCGGUCAGAGCACACUCGAUGGCACAGUGCACAUUAUUCUUCAGUGUCCGCUGGGCAUCCAUGUCGGAUACAGAGGUUUCUUCUACUUCCCCAAGAGUGUCUUUCUGCAGAGCGUUCGAGGGAUGGCCUUCACCUUCGUGGGCACUAAAGGGCUAGAGCAUCGUUCAGCAGGUCGAGACGCGUCUGCUUACAGCUUUGAGCUGGUUGGACGCUCCCUCGGUACCAUAUCGCCGGACGCACUGGCCCUUUUGCGACGGAUGCUGAUGUGCUUGAUGGUGCUGGGACUAGAGCAGAGGCAGGCGGUGAACACGGUAUGGGGAGCCAUGGUUCGGUCUUGCAACGUGGAGGAAAUGCGACGCCUCUUCAGCCACGAGCAGCUGCCAGUGCCACUACAGGUUCUGCGCAACUUAUUGGAGGCAAGGCAGGCAGGGAAGAUGGUGUCUGACCUCUCAGCCUUCCACUCCGGCGUUGGACGGCGACGCCAGCGCCGUGUGACUACUCCACGCACGUACUGGGAACGAGUGCUGCUAUUCAGCUGCUUCCCGUCUCAGAUCCUGUUCUUCUUUAGUGAGCUGAUAGGCACUCGGGAAGGCGCCCAAUGGCUACAAGAGGCGCUACGUGCUGCGUCGGCAGUGCUCACGACUGCAAAGGACUGCGGUACACCAGACCAAAUGACACCUAGCGUGGACCCCACGAAGCGGCUGGCUGACCUCAUGCCCCUCCCUUCCACUCCCAUCACUGAGCGCCAGUGGAUCGUGACACUCCCAGCACCGCCGCAGCAGGCCACGACGUCUCGCCUUCUGGCGUCUUCUCGGGUGCUCGAUGUCCCUCGUGCCGGUGCCGCGGCAAGGCGGUCGCCAUCCCUGUCACAGCGGCACAGGAGCGUUAAGGGCGAGCAGAUGUCGAUGACCCCCAAACCCACGUUGGACAAGAGCCUAAAGCCACCGUCCGCGUCGCUGUCGGGUGUAAGGAGGAGGAAGACUCUAGGACGGUCUUCCGUGAUCAACUCGGCACCCAAGAAAUCGCCGAGGACGAAGUCUGUGGAGAGCCAAUCGUCGGAAGAGGCCAUGAACACCACGAGCCCUGCCUUCAUGACCUCCUCCUUGGGAAGCAGUCCUUCGUUCCCAUUUGACAGAGCCCUUGUUCUGCUUCAGCGAGAGUGGGCGGUGGAACGGGUGCAGCGGCAGACGAUCCUUCAAGCAGCGUCGUCCGUGGGGCUUCUCGAGUUUUUGCGUGCGUUCCAGCAGCCCAGAUCCACUAUCAGCCAACAGAGGGGACGUUCAAACAGCGCAUCCCAGGCGGCGCGCGCGAAUGACCUGCACGCUCUUGACGCUGCAGACGGUGCUAAAGCGCCCGAAGCGAUUGCGGCGCGACUUGUAGGCAAGCCAUGGCUAGUGGUGCCGUAUCCAGCCAACAGCCGCGCACCCAUCCCCUCCUCGUCGUCCACAUCGGACACACUGCUUCUGUUCAUGGGUGACACAGUUAGCGCGUACAGUACGAGUGAAUCCCGGCUCCUUUGUGGUCCCGUCGUCAUGGGCGACGACCCUGUGUUGGUAGAUUUUCCCUUCGGCACGGGUGUUGACGCGGCGACCAUACACCCGACCCAGCCGCACCUCGCCUUCUUCUUUUCGGGGAAAGAGUGGCUGCUGUUCGAUUUCUACUUGGCCGAAUGUGUGGAUGGUCCCUACGGGAUUAGCAGCCACGGCCAAUUCCGUCGACUGCCGGCCAUUUUUCACGACGGGCUAGAUGGCGUGGUGCACAUCCCACAUACCCAGCUGCUCGUCUUCUUCCGCGACUCCUGCUACGUGGUCUUUGAUGCGGGCGCACGGCGAUGCGUCGGCGGCGUGGGUUUCCUUGACCUGGCGUCGAGAGAACCCGUCGGCCCAGGCGGUCGACCUGUCCAAACAGGGCAUACCUCCUCCAACAUGCCGCCCUCGCUAGAGGACCUGCUCCAGCGUCUGUCACUACCAGCCACAGCAUCACAAAAUGCGAAGCUCAGACAAGCGCGUCGAGACGGGUCACGCGUCGUGGAUAGUGACGUCGACGACGAAGCAGUGCAAAUGGUGACCGGUGCAAGCGCCAUUGGCACGACAACGCUGCCUCUCCUGCUUUCCACGGAGCUCCAGAGACUGCUGGGGACGGCACCCGUGGCGGCUUUCUGCGCUGCCAGUGCUGACUGUGAGAAGGCCACAGAGGCGUGCUUUGUGGUGAGUCGGACCGGCGCCGUGAUACCGGUGUGCUGGCAGCCCCUGGACGACGUCGCACCGGCAGCUGACGCGCAGGCAAGCGGCGGUGGUAGGGUUCCUGAGCCGCAGCGCCGCUGGCUGCUGAAUGUACCGGGGCAGGCAGCUCUGAGGGCGGAGACGACCCUGUGGAAUCUGCCGCUUGUCUUCCGCCAGUUUACCACAGCGGCGCUCGCGAGCCUGUGUAAGGUGGCAGUUGAGACACAGUGCACGUUCAAGGAAUCAUUUACCGCUUCAGCUACCUCUUCGCCACAACUGUGCAUUUUUGACCCUGAGAGACCGAUAGAACCUCUCCACGCAUCCCCGCGUGCCGUCGUGAACCCGCGUGGCGCAGGCACAGCAAGGGAGAGUCUCAGCGGGGAUACCUCCACAGAUGUACAAAACUCGUCAGUGAGCGACUGUAGCGAGUCGUUCUCGACCAGCGUUGCCACGAGGAUUACCUCCUCACUGAUGGCGACAAGCCUGGGAGAGCGGGUACCACACGCGCUCUCACGCUGCGGGUCAGCGCAAGAGACUGACAUCGCGGUUACGGGGAACUCGACGUGGCACGACGAAGUUCUCUUUUACGGUGACGCAGAGGAGCCGAAGCAGAGGCGUGCGUCUGGGGUCUCGAAUACUCCCGCUGCGGAGCGGCAGAUGUCGCUGCUGCUACCGCCGCUGCAGGAAACCUCUGAUGGCGUGGCAGAGGUGAAAGGUAAGCAUCGGGUAGCGUUCAUUGAAUAUGACCUCGGUUCCUCCGCCCCGCAACGCAUCUUCACAGCGCUGCUGUUGGCUCUCGACACCUCUGCGCUUCCAUCGUCAGUUCUGCAGCUCUCUCCCUUGGUGGCCUCCGUGGACAGCAGCACCAACGGCGAAGUGUACUUUCCCCAGGCCAUUGUGCGCAUCACCAGCUCGGUGGUAGCGGCGCGCUGGGGGAGUGGCCCAGGCUCUGCGACGUGCUCUGCUGCGCGCUUUUGGAGGCUGCGAUUUUGCACCCCAGUGCCAGCCUCUCUGGGCAUUGUUCGUCUCUUCUGGAUGGAGACGGUCUCGCGCAGCUUUGCAGAGACGCAGUUGCAAGCGCCAACAGUGCUCUCGCCGUGCACGCUGGUAAUGCUUACGGUGCCACCACCACCACCUCUGGAGUUCACCGACGGCGAUGGUGAAGUUGCCUCCGCGCCGCCGUCAUAUCGGAGUGGUGUAGCUGCCAGUCGAGAUCCCCUCAUUAUCGAAGCCCAGGAGCUGCUUCAAGCAUCGCAGGAGCUGAUCGCAGGCGACAAUUUGCACCCUGUGUUCCUCGAUGACCCGAGCCACAGCAGCCCCGGCUGGUUCGCCCCGCACGCUGUGAUACCCGAGCUCGGGAACGCUGCCCUAUCCACGUGUCUCUUUGUAUGCGGCUCCUCGAUAUUGCAGGUGGGCUGGCCCUCCCAAGGUGCAACCAUCACGGCGACAGUGACAGAGGCGCAGCCCAUUGUGGGCUGCGUGGGCUUCCACGAGAUUCCCUACCCUUUUGUACUCGGCUGGGAUGCAGCCUUUUACCCGGCACCACGCGAGCAUCCCAGCAAAGUCGCUCUCCUCCGCGGGGAUUGGAUGCUGCUAUGGGACCUCCACGAGCACCGACCCCAUAGUGACGUGCUGCUGUGGCGCACCUCAGUGUUGCUUGCAAAAUUAACGUCGGUGCCUAUCUCCACUGUCGUCGCUGUCAUCAACUGCUGGUCUAGCGAAGAAGGAAACGCGGUGAUCGGUGUAUUUCAUGUCGCGUCGUCGCUGGAGAAAGAAGAUGUGAGGUACGUGGAGUUUGAUCUGGAAGCGGGUGUGGUGCUUGAUGUUCCAGUCCCGCUGACCUCGUGCUUGAGGAAUCGCUUUCGUGCACCGCCGCCGCCUCCUGGCAGCACUCUUCACACCGUUCUCUGUACACCAUGCGCGCCAUCGACGUGGUACAUGUUUUGGGAUGUUGGCGUGCAAACCGUUUCCAGGGCUGCCCACAUGACCAAGAGCGGCGGUAACGGCGAGGAUGGGGCAGCCGCUGUCCCCCCGUUGACCGAGUCGUCUCUCUUCUAUUCCGUGCCACUCUACCUGAACGAAUGGGGCCAGCUGCAACACCACUGUCGGAUACUGCUCGAUGUGCCGCGGCUGCUGAAAACCGUCCAAGGGAAGGCUGUCGACGAUCUCGUGAUCGCAGGCAUGCAGCUUUACAGCACUGGCGGCUUGGACGGCGCCAGGACGUGCUGGCAGGUGCAGUGCAGCGAGAACGGUGUGAGCGGAUGGAAGGAUGUGGCAAGGCACUACCAAGACGCUGGCAGUCGCGUGUGCAGUGAAACGCUGUGGGCGCCAAGUGAUGCCUACCCGUUGAGCAGGUGCCCGUACUGGCGGCUGUCGCGUGGGGCGUCCUUGCAAGGUCCAGAGGCCGCUUUCGGUCCUACUUCCUUGUGGCCUGAAUCAGAGACUUCGGCAGCCCAAUCAUACACCCAGCUUCGCCUACUGACGCUGCCACGACGGUGCUGUCGGCAGCUGCCGACGCGUGUUUCCGGCGACGCAACGGCAACACCAGUGGCAGCCAUCGAGUCGUUCUUCUCCCAAAGCGCGUCAGGCGCUGCGUCGUUGUCAUUGCACCCGUGUGGCUCGGCAACGACCACUUCCUCGGGCAUCUCCUCUGACUGUAUUGUGUACGAGCUGAUCUGGGACUACGGAUCGGCGCCGGUGGCGCUGUGCAGUGUUGCCUUCGAACCGCGGGAUAUAUCGGCGGUCACUGUCGAGUGCACAUGGACGAUGUGGCACAGCAGCACGAACGUUGGUCCAGGCAUCUGUUGUGCCAAAACAACAAAGCUGAUGUCCAGCAGAGAAACUAGUAGCAUGUGCACGCUCUCCUGGUUGCCAGAUGGCCCUUAUCGCUACUGGUGCCUGCAGUGUGAAUGGAGGAAGGUGGCGAGUGUCGCCUGUAGUAAUUGGCACCCACCCUCACUGACCGUUUCGUCUUUCAGCGCACACGAGUACGACGGCCCCUUUGUCACCGUGUAUAACGCAGCGGGUGGCUGCCUGAGAGCGACACCGCUGCUGUGGCCGAUGGCCGACAAUGUGGCUAACUCACCAUAUCAGCUGCAGUGUAUCACCAAUAGCGUUGUGCAGCUAAUGAACGUCCCGCUGUGUCUAACGCUCUGGGAGACAGAGUUUUUCUGUGAAAGAGGGAACUGCACGGUUCGCAUCGCUCUGGAGUCUACCGACGACGCAAGAGAAUGGUCUAUUGCAGCUGAAACGACGAUUAACACGGUCGUGGCGACCGCGUCAAGACCGCAGCUGUGCUCGCUCUCGUGGUCGAACUGCGGCGCGCGUGUCCUAUGGCGCCUGCGUGUGCUUGAAUCAUCUACUGACGUGACGCUGCACUUAACGCGUAUACGACUCGGACACUGCCCAACGGAGAGCCACAUCUCCAUUCUCCUGCCCCAGACCACGACGAGUAAUGCGACCGCUACCACGGCAGUGAUCGCCACCGCUGGAACGCCGCACCGGUGCUCCUCCUCCAUGGCUGUGGGGAAAACACCAGUGGGGCGCAUAUCUACCUCGGUGCUGAGCUUUACACGCCCGCAUCGACCAGUACAGGUGCGCGCCAUACUUCCCAACAGCGGCGCCCGCUACUACGUAGAGUACCUGGGCCUCGAUGGGACCUCGUGGCUCUUCGCAGCUGUGCUUGAUGGCAGUCGCACAAAUGCGCUGGACCCCGCGUUCUCGUCGAGCAAGUCUGCUGCAGGCGCGGCGUCCGUCUCCUGGGAUGGCGCCCUUGUCUCACCCAGCACCCACUGGCGCCUUCGUCCGGCGGAUGGAACGUCAGUCGAUCCUCCGAGGUGUGUGGAGUGGUUUGAGAGCAGCAGUGAGUAUGCAGAGAUGAUCGACACAGCAGAGAUCGCUGGAAUGGUCGUGAGCACCACCGGAUUCACGGAAGUGCAGUCUCCAUCCGCGCUGAGUGGCAGCGCGGCGUACAGGAAGACAAUGGAUGCAUCUGAGGGGCGCAAGGUUUCACCGAUGCCGGUGUUGCAGUGCAGUGCACAGAGUCUGCGGUGCACGACCUCCGAGCGGAACUUGGAGCUGACUACAGUGACGUGGUCCUUCGUCUCUCCCUUGAUGUUCGACCAGCUUCUGCUGUUUGUGGAGACCAAGGUGAGCGAGCCAGUCGCUGUCACUGCCGUGGAGACAACGUGGGUGGAGAGUGACGCUCCUGCGCCUACAGCCACAGAAGCACCACCACUACCGGCGAUGUCAGCAUAUCAGCUGCUUCAGAGGGUGCUCGUGGAGACCAGCAAUAAUGGGCACGAUUACGUCACCGUUGCGGAAGCGGUGCCGCGACUGUGCGACAAGACUGUUUCGCUUCGCUGGGCGGAGGUGCCUGCAGCAGCCUUUUGGCGCCUCCGCUUUGCCCCAAGAGUUGUACCAGCGACAGCAUCACCAAAGGAGGCGCCACUCACUUUCACUCUUGGCUUGUACGCAGCACGGUGGCUGGUUCGCCGAGGUGGUCCAGCGCUACUUGCACAGGUUACGAAGCCAACAUCAGAGUACUACUCCAACACCAUCUUCCGCUCGUGGAUCUCCGAGACGUUCAGUGCCGAAGGCGACUUUAUACAGUCGUGCCGGCGUGCCUUCGAGGAGUACAAGAGCACCCAGAGUAAACUGCGAGAGGCGGAUGACAUCAGCCGACGAGGAGAGGUAGCAGGGGCGGUGGAGAGGCUUAAGAAGAGAUACCAGAGGUUUCUGCAGAAGGCAGCAAAAGAGGCUGGGAGCUUCAUGCGGCUGGACGACGCAGACGCUGCGCGGGGGAAGGGCGGCGAAGGCUCACGCACGGUACCCCCUCUCGUGCCGCCGGCCGUUUCUGCUGAAAUGUCAGGGUGGCUGUCAAAGUCGCAUCUCUCGUCGGACCUCAUCCACCUCCUCGUGGAAUCGGCGACGGCCACAUCGAUCGGUGGCGCACACCUCUUGCGCCUUGUCGAGCUUCUGCAUCAUCCACUGGCGUUCCGGAAAGCGCUGCAGUUCACGAAACGUUCGUCGCACUGGUUCUACCCGUGCCUGGAAGUCGUUGGCCCCCUGGCCGAGGACUGGCACGGCUUCCCAGCUGCGAGCGUGUGCGCCUCUCUCUCCGUUUUCUGGAGUCUCUCCACCCCGCUGCAGCGUCAGCUGGACGCGCUGCUCACCACGGCCGACAAGAUCACGCCUCUGAAUGAGCACGUUGCGAGCCUGCUCGUUGUCGUUUGCAUCAGUGAAUCGAACUGGGUCCCAAGCCGCCACUUCCCGACCGUGUCACCGUUCCUCUACGCUGUUGGUUUCGCGGAACAGCCCGUUACGAUGGCCUUUGCAAUCAACGAUAUCGUCUUCACGCCGCCGUACGCUGUAGGCAUCCCCGGCGCCCGGGACUCACAGCCUCUUCUGAGUCCAUACCCCUACAUGAUCGCUGCGGGUGUCAACUUUGUGCAGCAGUGUCCGCUGGCGCGCUGUCCGGCUCCAGUGAUGGAUGUCCUUCGCUACAUUCUCCCCCCAAGCGCCUUCGCGGUGGAUGCGAGGGGAAACAGUGCCGUGCUGGUCACAUUUGUGCUGACUGUCAGCUCUCUUCACGCGGGCAGCGGCGUCAGCGGCGAAGAGCCUAGUGCCGUACUGCGCUUCACGGUCUCCGGUGCGGGGGUGAACUUUGGUCUCACUGGACUCGUCAUGGAAUCGAUUGAGUUCGAGGUACUGCUCUUAGGUGCUACGGGCGAUUUUCCAGACUGCAGCCCACCUGCUGGUCAGCGCUUUCAUCAGAUGAACUUUCUCUCUCACGGCGCCCGCUUUGUAAGCGACGCUGGCACUUUGGUGGGACUGUCAGCGACUCAGCUGGAGGACGGCACGUCCAUCACUGAAGUCGAACUUCCUGUGAGUUUGAUGGGAGCGGUGAAUGGCGACGGUCUGCCCUUGGUUAGCCUGCGCGGAGAUUUCGGCAGCACGCGCUUCACCGAUGUUGCGGAGUUUCCUGGCGCCGUAGUGACGCACUUGCAGUUUACGACAGUUAGUCACGUAGAAAAUGCCGUAGCUAUGCUGGACGCGCCCUCGACGCUCAAGCAAGAAGACGACAGCAAUGCUGCGCAAUGGGUCUUUGCGCCGUUAGAAGGGGAGGGGCAGGUGUUCCUCCCUGGGGUGAUGCGCAGCUGCAACUGUGGCUGCACUAUCCACCCGGCGUGUCGGGGGAGCAAUAUGCCGGUUCAACUAAGCAACUUUCACAUCGCGCUCGAUUGCUGCUCUGUCAAGGACCUUGCUGCGCUCGCUCGUGCGUGCAGAGGCGACGAUCGAGACGUCGGCCCGGAGCUGUUUUCGUCCCCAAGGCAGGAGGUGACGGCGUAUGAUGUAGGUGGGUUGCGCAUAGAAGUGGCAGCCACAUUGCGCGUGUUGACGAGCUGCGUCGGAGACAACCGAGCAUGCGUGUCGCUGAAGGGCAGCGCGGUGGUGAGCGUCGAGAACACCGCUAUACCGGAUGCAACGCUAGAGAUGGACUGCGAGUCCGGAUUCAUUUCCCUCACGGCGCGAUGCGUGCACCCUCUCGUGAUUGGCGCCGUUCUCGUAGAGGGAUGUUCGGCGAAGCCUCUCAUGCUUCAGCUGGUGUGUCCGGCCACUGUAUCUGGGAGUGUCCCUACAAGUGCAGACCAGCAUUCAGUCCUUGGUGCGUCACUGCAUUUGUUGGCGUCUGGCCACGCCUGCUUCUUUGGCGCUGAUCAUAGGGCGCGGGUGACCCUCGAGUUCUCGCAGAGUACGGGGAUGUUCAACUCCGUGACCCUUGUGGCCGCGUCCUUGCGCCACGCUGGCCUCGUCGUUACCCUCCAGGACUGCGUUGUGUCAGAAGUGUGGCGCUUUGCUCAGAUGACGAUCAACGAAGGCGCUCUACGAAACAUACUAGAACGCGACAUGAGUGUCGUGCCGAUCGUGGCGACAAUGCGGGCUCACCUGGUCCCGUUGGCGCUAUCCGUCACCUCGAUAGCCCCAGAACCGUACGACAUUGUGGCGCAGCGCCUGUCGUGCCGAGUGAAGGGUCUACUCUAUGGCGCGUGCUUUGAUGUGGUCGCCUCUGUCGUGGCACCAGACGACUCUGAUGACCUUUGGUCCCUUCUCGGCGCCCAAUGCAUCCCUGCAAUUCUGGAGCAGUGCGAAGAGAAUCUGUGGGCCUCGUACGCCAACAUAGUUGGGCUACGUGAGACCGGCAGUGUUGGCUGUCCUGACACACAUCCGGCACUAUAG